AUGGUCAUCAAAGUCGGCGACCUCGUGCUGGCGUACCACGGCGUGCUGAUCUACGACGCAAAGGUCCUCAAGGUCGACAGCGGCCACGGCGUGCAAGAGGCUUCGGGCGUCGGCGUCUCCACCAGCGCCAGCACGCAGCUCUACGUGCACUACCAGGGAUGGGCCAAGAAGUGGGACGAGUGGGUCCGCCACGACCGCGUGCUCGAGGCCACGCCGGCCAACCGUUUGCUGCAGCAACGGGCCAAAGCCGAACUCGCGCAGAAAAAGCAGCAGCAGAAGCGCGUGGACCGCAAGCGCACAGCGUCGAGUCGGUCGCGAGCCGACGCCGCAUUGGAUCGCCAGUCGCCGUUCAAGCGGCUGCGGCGCAACGUCGAGAAGGAGUUUGAAGAGCUGCCGCGGCCAGACGAGGCGGGCGGCGCGCAGGGGGGCAGCAAACACGUGAACAUUCAGAUGCCCUUUUCGCUCAAGAAACAGCUCGUUGAGGACUGGAAGCGCGUGACGCAGGCGCCUCAUCAACUCGUGCCGCUGCCGAGGAAACCCAAUGUCCGGCAGAUUAUCAAGACGUACUUGGACGUGAAACAGAGCAAAGUGCGUGCGGGGGAGGCGAGCGAAGAGAAGGAGUUGAAGAACGUGAUGGGCAUCAUGGAAGGCGUGCAGUCGUACUUUGACCGCGCCGUGAGCUCGCUGCUACUGUACCGCAUUGAGCGUCGACAGUAUCAGGAGCUGCGCCAGAAACAGCCGGACGAUGUGCCGCUUUCGCAGAUUUACGGUGCUGAGCACCUCAUCCGUCUCUUUGUACGUCUGCCCAUUCUCCUCGCAAACUCUAGCGCUUCUCCGCGCGAGUUGGUGCAGAUCCAGGCGCGACUCAACGACUUUCUCAAGUUUAUCCAAAAGAACUCGGCCGCGUGGUUCGUCAUGGAAUACGAAGCCGUGUCGGACAAGUACGUCGAGCUCGCGUUAGCCGCGCAGUAG